AUGUCGACCAGCAAUGCGCCGCAGCCAGUCAAACUCUCGCUGCCCCUGGAAUACCAGCAGCAGCUGUUCCAAGAGCUCCGAGCUGAGGAUGAGCUCGUGAUUCUCGCCCGUGGCCUGGGCCAGAUGCGCCUUGUCACAAAUCUCCUCCACUCUUACGAUGCUGCUGGGAGCAACCUCAUCGUUCUCGUAGGCUCAGGCGAGCGCGAAAAUAACUGGAUUGGCGAGGCACUGGCCGAACAUGCCGCCAUCAGUGCAUCGCCCAAAGCACGGGGCUUAACAGUUGUCAACACCGACUCCCAGACUGUCGGUGCCAGGGAAAAGAUGUAUGCAAAGGGCGGCAUCUUCAGCAUCACCUCUCGCAUCCUCGUAGUCGACCUCCUGACGGGGCUGUUGAAUCCCGAGCUCAUCACCGGCCUGGUUGUUCUCCACGCAGAUCGAGUCAUCGCCACUUCUCUAGAGGCAUUCAUUCUCCGAGUGUACAGGCAGAAGAACAAAGUUGGCUUUCUCAAGGCCUUCUCAGACAAUCCAGAUCCAUUCACUACGGGAUUCUCACCGUUGACCACCAUGAUGAGGAAUUUAUUUCUCAAAAAGGCGUCCCUUUGGCCGAGAUUUCACGUCACAGUGGCGCAGUCUCUCGAAGGCAAGAAGAAGGCCGAGGUCAUUGAGCUUGAGGUUCCCAUGACAGACUCGAUGAGAGAAAUUCAGAAUGCCAUCAUGGAAUGUGUCGAGAACUUUGACGUUCUGGUUCGGCGCCAAUUAGAUCCAAACUGGCACCGCGUCAGUUGGAAGACGCGCCAGAUUGUCAACGAUUUGACCAUUCUCCGUGGACUUCUCAGCAACAUUCUUACUUUUGAUGCCGUAUCCUUUCUUCAACACCUCGAUACGAUACACGCCGCGCACUCCCCUCCUCCCGGAUCAACCCGGCAGUCUCAAUCCCCCUGGCUGUUUCUUGAUGCUGCUCAGACCAUAUUCGAUAUUGCACGGAGGCGAGUCUACUCUGCCAGUCCCAAAAGCGUAUCGAAGAGCGGCGAAAAUAUUGAUUCACUGCGUCCUGUUCUCGAGGAGCUGCCGAAAUGGGGCAUACUGGCAGAGGUGUUGGAAGAAAUUGAUCGAGAUCUCUUCUUUGAGCCCAAAGUGAGAGAUGACUCUAACGGAGGCAUACUCAUCAUGUGCUCGAACACGGAUACGUGCCGGCAGCUCCGCGACUUCCUUCAGACUAUGCAUGUGAAGCCAAAGGCAGACAAAGAUGCGCUUCCAGUCGUGGACGACCCCGAGUUUGAGCGCGAACGUGCCGAGGAAGCCCACAAACCGUCGGCCAACUUCAUGUUGAGGCGGAAACUUCGAAACUACUUGAGAUGGAAGAGACAGUUUGCGCAGGUCAGCGCCAGCCUGUUCGCCGAGAAUCAAAAGGCUCUCAACAGCGCCACGGACUCGCGGCCCGGACAUGGCGGCAGCCUCAGGGGUGGCAAGGCUCCAGCAAACAAAAGGCGGAGAAUGCGAGGAGGGGGAAAUGUCGGAGGGUCCAUGAUCAUGUCCGGGCGUACCGAUAACGGGAGCAUUGCCCAGUAUUUCGAGAAGCCAGGGGAGGUGGCAGACCUGAUGGCAAAAGUCCAGAUCACCGAGGAAGAAGCGCUACAGCAGAAGGAUGACAUUGCUGCUGAUCCAUUAGAGAACAUGGAAGACUACUAUCAGCUGUAUGAGAUGCAGGACUUGGUUGUUGUCCACGCCUACGACGGUGACCAGGAUGAGCAUGUACUUGAGGAGGUCAAGCCGCGGUACAUCAUCAUGUACGAGCCUGACGCCGCCUUCAUCCGUCGUGUAGAAGUGUACCGGUCUUCUCACAACGACCGCAACGUCAGAGUAUACUUUUUGUACUACGGAGGCUCAGUAGAGGAGCAGCGGUAUCUAUCCUCAGUCAGGAGAGAAAAGGACGCCUUCACCAAGCUCAUCAAGGAGCGGGCAAGCAUGUCGCUGGUCAUGACGGUCGACCCGCACGGGAUCGAGGACCCGCAGGAGGCCUUCUUACGCACCGUCAACACCCGCAUCGCCGGAGGCGGUAAGCUGGCGGCCACGGCGGAGCCGCCGCGGGUCGUUGUCGACGUGCGAGAGUUCAGGUCCUCGCUGCCGUCUCUGCUGCACGGGCGCUCUAUGGUAGUGGUGCCGUGUAUGCUCACCGUGGGCGAUUACAUCCUGUCGCCCAACAUUUGCGUAGAACGAAAGUCCAUCAGCGAUCUAAUCUCAUCCUUCAAGGACGGCAGGCUGUACAGCCAGGCUGAAACCAUGUUCCAGCACUACAAGAAUCCUAUGCUGCUCAUUGAAUUCGACCAGAACAAGUCCUUCACUCUAGAGCCUUUUGCCGACCUUUCUGGCAGCCUCAACAGCGUUGCUCCCACCAAUGUCUCGUCGGAUCUCCAGUCCAAGCUCGUGCUGCUGACGCUUGCGUUUCCAAAGCUGCGCAUCAUUUGGUCGUCCUCACCGUAUGAGACCGCCGAGAUAUUUGCCUCGCUCAAGACGCUAGAGCACGAGCCCGAUCCCAUCGCGGCAGUGCAGGCGGGCCUGGACAAGGAUUCCAAGGUGGAAGACCAGGUCUUUAACCAGGAGCCUCAGGAAAUGCUGUCCAUUGCGCCGGGCGUGACGCCGCAAAACAUCAAGAGCCUCGUUCUGGACACGGAAAACAUACGGGAGGUGGCCAACAUGACGGAGAAGGAGCUGGAGCCGAUAGUGGGCAGGACAUCGGCCAGACAAAUCUAUGGCUUCUUUAACAGGAACGUGAUGGAAGAGGACGACUAG